AUGCGCGACAGGACCUCGAAUCGCGGCGGGGCGGGCUCAAGCUGGCCCCUCAGACGCUGCGAGAGCCUGGACGCCAGGUUGCCCUCGUGGGGCGGGCGGGAUGAGGUCCGCAGGGCGCGCAGCGAGGGCGAGGGCGACAGCCCGAAGCGGCUGGUCGAGUCGUCGCGCGCCGCGGUGCAGCGCGCCCACAAGGCCUUCCAGGCCACGGCCGCCAACUGCCAGAACAACCUGCGCAGCCUAGGCAGCAACCUGAUGUCCCACCCCGCCGUGGAGAACGCCCAGCGCCAGCUAGAGGCGGCGUCGAGCCGCCUGUCGCAGUCGUGGGGCGAGGCGCUUGGGCAGAAUUCUGGCAAAGGGGUGAAUGGAGGUGGCCGCCUGCGCUGGCCGCCGGUCAACGGCCACCAGGCGGGAUUCCAGAGCGGGUUUCAGCAGCUGGGGGACGUGCUUCAGCAGAGCUUCCCAUGGGAGAGGGUGCAGCAGGCGGCGAGCAGGACGGGCGACAAGCUGAAGGAGAAAGGGGAGGCGGACUUCGCGGCGCUGAGGAACAACCUGAGGCGGCACUUGGGCGUGGUGGCAGAGGAGGCGGUGCUUAGGGAGAUCGAGGCGCAGCCGCAGAAACAGGAUCAGCGUCAGAAAUGGAAGGGGACCUGCAACCUGCGGGAACCUGGCAGGAGGGUGGCCAUCGUGACCACGGCGUCGCUCCCGUGGCUCACCGGCACGGCCGUCAACCCCCUGCUGCGGGCUGCAUAUUUGGCGAGGGACUCCAGCCGAAAGGUGACGCUUGUGGUCCCAUGGCUGUCUAAAACGGACCAGGCGAAGAUAUUCCCCCAAGGCCAGAUGUUUGAGUCGCCAGAAGAUCAGGAAAAGUACAUCAGAGACUGGGCCCAGGAGCGCACGGGAAUUGAAAGUAAGUUCAAGAUCACGUUUUACCCUGGGAGGUAUGCACAGGAGAAGUGCAGUGUGCUACCUGUUGGAGAUGUGACCAGCUACGUCCCUGAUCACGAGGCAGAUGUUGCUAUUCUGGAGGAGCCUGAGCACCUGAACUGGUACCACCAUGGACAGCGAUGGAACAAGAAGUUCAACCAUGUCGUUGGCAUCAUGCACACGAACUACGUCGACUACGCUCGGCGUGAGGAAAAUGGUGACAUCAAAGCCAGAAUUCUUCACAGAGUAAACCAGUGGGUGACCAGAAUCCAUUGCGACCAGGUGGUGAAGCUGUCCGACGCAGUGCAGCCGCUCAUCCGUGAGAAGACCAUGUUCGUCCAUGGCGUUUCCCCAACCUUCAUAAGGGUUGGCAAGAACAAGGCGUUGCAGGCCCAGUCGGUGACUGAGCCAGGGGCCUCUGUCUUCCCAAAGGGCAUGUACUUCAUUGGGAAGAUGGUGUGGGGCAAGGGCUACACGGAGCUCCUGGACCUGCUAGCCAACCACAGCAACAGGCGGGGGCAAAACUUGCACGUUGAUGUGUACGGGAGCGGCAUAGACUCUUCGGCCGUGAUGGAGAAGGCGCGGGAGAGCCGCCUGGACGUGGACUUCCAUGCUGGGAGGGAUCACGCGGACCCGCUGCUCCAGGACUACAAGGUGUUUGUGAACCCCAGCCUGAGCGACGUGGUGGCCACGACGACGGCCGAGGCGCUGGCCAUGGGCAAGUUCGUGGUCUGCGCUGACCACCCCGCGAACAAGUUUUUCUCCCAGUUCCCCAACUGCCUGAUCUACCGCACGCCCGAGGAGUUCUCCCAACAGGUCGAGAAAGCGCUGAGCCACAACCCAGAGCCUCUCUCGGAGGAGGACCAGAGGAAGUUGACAUGGGAGGCCGCGACCGAGAGGCUGAUGGACGUCACUGAGAUGAGCAAGGACGAGACGGCUGGGGGCGUGGAGGCGCUUGUGGACAACUUUUUCUGGGCCGCCCACAAUUCCCUGACGAGGGUUGAACCGCUCAGGGUGGUGGCUGGGGCUGGCGCCAACACGCGGGACAACCCACAGAGGGUGGAAGACUUCGUGCCCUCGGAAUCGGAAGCCGGGGGCUUUCUUGACAGCAAGAAGAGGGUCAAACAAGUGCAGCGCUGA